AUGCCUUCUGCAUUGGAAUUUGACGUCCAUGCCAAAUGUUCUACAACCAAAGCUCGGGCAAGCACACUGCGUCUACCGCACGGGUCUGUCUCAUUGCCCAUAUUCAUGCCUGUUGCGACACAGGCAUCACUCAAAGGCCUGACAUAUGACCAACUCAAACAGACAGGAUGCAUGCUGUGUUUAAAUAACACGUACCAUCUGGGGCUGAAACCGGGACAAGCAGUCCUGGACCAAGUGGGCGACGCACACAAGUUGCAAGGAUGGGAUCGAAAUAUCCUAACUGACAGUGGCGGGUUCCAAAUGGUCUCGCUGCUGAAACUUGCAAAUGUUACCGAAGAAGGUGUUCGGUUCCUCAGCCCUCAUGACGGCUCGCCUAUGCUCCUUACCCCCGAACAUUCCAUUUCUCUGCAAAAUUCAAUUGGAUCAGAUAUCAUCAUGCAGCUAGAUGAUGUGAUUGCAACUACAUCACCGGAUCAUGCGAGGAUCGAGGAAGCUAUGGAGCGGUCCGUCCGAUGGUUAGAUCGAUGCAUAGCAGCACACAAAUAUCCCGAGAGACAGAAUCUGUUCUGUAUCAUCCAGGGCGGCUUAGAUCUGGACCUGCGGAGAAAGUGUUGCGCUGAGAUGGUCGCGCGAGAUACACCGGGAAUUGCUAUCGGAGGACUUUCCGGCGGUGAGGCCAAAGAGGAUUUUUGUAAAGUGGUGGAUAUCUGUACCGGGUUACUUCCAGAGGGAAAACCACGAUACGUGAUGGGCAUCGGCUAUCCUGAAGAUCUGAUCGUCGCAACCGCACUCGGCGCAGAUAUGUUCGAUUGUGUCUGGCCGACGAGAACGGCGCCGAUAAAUACGAUUACCAACAUCAUGACCGUCACUCCAGAGCAAAAAGCGCAGGCUCCCUCGUCCCCGCCGCACAACCCCUCCCACGAAGAACACCAGUACUUAAACCUCAUCCGCACCAUCCUCUCCGAGGGCGAGCAUCGUCCCGAUCGCACUGGCACCGGAACGCGAUCCAUCUUCGCGCCCCCGCAGCUACGCUUCUCCCUGUCCAAACCGGGCCCUACACCUUCCUCCGACCCGAUCCCCGUCCUGCCCCUCCUCACAACCAAGCGCGUUUUCCUGCGCGCCGUCCUGGCAGAACUGCUCUGGUUUAUCUCCGGAAGCACAUCAUCAAUCCCGCUUUCUGAAGCCGGGGUCAAGAUCUGGGAUGGAAAUGGCAGUCGGGAGUUCCUGGAUAAGGUUGGACUUGGACAUCGGGAGGCUGGCGACUUGGGACCUGUCUAUGGGUUCCAGUGGAGACAUUUCGGGGCGGAGUAUGUUGAUGCGAAGACUGAUUACAAUGGUCAAGGAUAUGACCAGCUGGCGGACGUGGUGCGCAAGUUGAAGGAGACGCCGUUUGAUCGGCGCAUUAUCAUGAGUGCUUGGAACCCAGCGGAUCUGAAGAAGAUGGCCUUACCGCCGUGCCAUAUGUUCGCUCAGUUCUAUGUGUCUUAUCCCCCGUCGGCUGAAGGUGAAGGCAGGAAGAAGGGAACUUUGUCUUGUCAACUGUACCAGCGGUCGUGUGAUAUGGGUCUUGGUGUUCCAUUCAACAUCGCUUCCUAUGCGCUUUUGACGCAUAUCCUGGCGCACGCGACGGACCUGAACCCGGGAACGUUGAUCCACACUAUGGGUGAUGCUCAUGUCUAUCUUGACCACAUCGACGCUCUGAAUGAGCAGCUUGCUCGCGAGCCUAACGAGUUCCCGGAAUUGAAAAUCAAGCGUGAUGACCGGGGAAGUGGUGUCGUUGAUGGCUGGAAGGAUGAUGAGUUUGAAGUGAUUGGCUACCAACCUCACAAGGCGAUCAAGAUGAAGAUGAGUGUGUAG